UUUUAGGCAAUGAGCUGAAUUAGUCGCAUUUUUUGUUCCAAUACGACUCGGCUUCCACGCGCCGCUCUCUUCUCCUCCACUAUUACCUUCCAUUUUCUCUUUCAAUUCUCCAUUUUUUUCCAAACCCAUUUCUUCUUUUCUCGUUUCCUUCCCCAAAUCUCACCGGCGACCCUCCGACCCAUCUCCCUCCGCCGCCUUCUUCGGCUGUUAUUUCCCCCGUUUCUCCUUCCCCAUCAUCCCAAUUAUUGUUUUCCUCUGGUGGGAUUUCGAGGGGUCGAUCGGUUUACCUUUUCAAACGAAGGGGAAGGUCGAAGAUUAGGGCUUUUCGUCACUUGGGUCUCUCCCAAAAUGGAGACUUCGCCUUCCAAUUCCGAUCCUUACUCCAAUUCUUCUACACCCACAAGUACUGCUCGUACCUCCUCCAGAUUUGGCCUCUCCCUCCCUUCCCUCAAUUUCUUCCGUUCGCCUUUGUCUGUCAUCUUGGAUUACUCUGGAAUUCUUCCCACUAGGGCUGUUCAUCAUGAAUCCGAACCUGUAAUCAACGCUGCUGCCACUCCUGAUUUGCGGGUUUUUUCUCAAAAUCACAAUCACUUGAUGCCUACUUCUUCUUCUUCUUCUUCUUCUUCUUCUGCCACAACCUCUUCCGGUAAUACUAUCCCUUCUGGGGAGGUUUCUAUAAGGAUUAUUGGGUCUGGUGAGCAAGAUCCUUCUCCCAGUAGCUUGUUGCCAAAUCAAACUGGUUAUGAGCAAAAUGGUAGACUUGCUAUUUCUGGGGAUCAGCCGGAAUCCCCUGAUGAGGAACGAGUUCCUUUGGUGUCAACUGCUUCUUCAUCUAUUCAAUCUGGAAAUAGUCGCGUCGAUGGAGAAUCUGGAAAUGGAAUGGAAGAGGGUGUCAAUAGAGAUUCGUCUUACCAGAGAUAUGAUAUUCAGCAGGUUGCUAGAUGGAUUGAACAGAUUCUUCCAUUCUCUAUACUAUUGCUGAUAGUCUUUAUCCGUCAGCAUUUAGAAGGUUUUUUCAUCACAAUUUGGAUAUCAGCUGUUAUGUAUAAGUCGAAUGAUAUUGUCAAGAAACAGACUGCUCUAAAGGGAGAGAGGAAAAUUUCUGUCCUUGCUGGAACCUCUAUUACAUUUUUGGUUCAUGUAAUUGGGAUUUACUGGUGGUGUCAUAGUGACGAUCUUCUAUUCCCAUUAGUCAUGCUUCCACCAAAGACAGUACCGCCUUUUUGGCAUGCUUUGUUCAUCAUUUUGGUUAAUGAUACGAUGGUGAGGCAGUUUGCAAUGGCUCUCAAAUGUUUUCUUCUUAUUUACUACAAGAAUGGCAGAGGCCAUAAUUUUCGUCGGCAGUUCAUGUUUCAGGGUCAAAUUUUAACUCUCGUGGAAUACACUCUUCUAUUGUACCGUGCAUUAUUACCAACACCUGUAUGGUACCGAUUCUUUUUGAAUAAAGAUCAAGGGAGCCUCUUUUCAUCACUGACAACAGGAUUAUAUUUAACUUUCAAGCUAACGUCUGUUGUUGAGAAGAUUCAAUCAUUUGUUGCUGCAUUUAAGGCUCUAUCACGAAAAGAAGUCCAUUAUGGAUCAUAUGCCACAUCAGAACAGGUAAAUGCGGCGGGAGACCUUUGUGCUAUUUGCCAGGAGAAGAUGAAUGCUCCAAUCCUGUUACGUUGUAAGCACAUCUUCUGUGAAGAUUGUGUUUCUGAAUGGUUCGAGAGAGAAAGAACUUGCCCUCUUUGCCGAGCACUGGUAAAGCCUGCAGAACUCCGUACAUUUGGCGAUGGGUCGACUAGCUUACUCUUCCAGUUGUUUUAGACGAAAAUUUUCCAUUUCCCGACAUGACAAAUCUAUCAGUUUUAACAAAGAAAGAUAUCGAAUAUCGGAAGGGAACGGGGGGAAGAAGAAAAAGAAAAAAAGGGAAGAGAAGAAAAAAGAGGAAGAACGAGACAUCCAGACAAGCCUGAAGAUAUUGUCAAAUUCAAAACUGGAUUAGUAUUAUAUCAAUGCCUUAUGAUCAUUGUGAUGAGUUAGAUGUCCAAACAGAAGAUGGAUUUUAAAUAAAUCCCAUUUCUUCAUUGAAUACAAUGAAAUCUAAUUUUUUUUAACAGAAAAAAAGAGUUCCAACUGUGAAAACUGCAUGCUAUAUGAGAAUUGGGGGAGCAAAACUGUAAUAUUUAAAGAUUAUUAUUCCCUGUAAUUUAGGUCCGGAGAGGCUGCCAACACAGAAAUGAUUAUUAUGAUUUUGAUUUCUAUGUCAAGUAAUUGUUGUUCCAGAGAAAA